AUCCAAACUCCGCCCAUGCGAUGGGGACUGUAAUGAUUUCCAAAGGGCGUAUCUGUUCUGAUUGGCCAGUCGUAGUUCCGCAUCUCCGGAUGCUGGACAAAGUGUGAUUUUCAUGUGCAUUCUUAUAUUCGCCUUUGACAGUUCAGUUUGACACAGCUGUUGGCGGUUCCGGAUUUUCUUCUAGUCUCACUGGAUACUGAAGUCAUCCCGACAAAGCAUUAUACAUAUUUUAUCAUCCAAUAAAAACAGUAGUUGUUGUUGUUUGGCACGUGUCCGGCCGGUGGUUGUCUUCCCGGGGGAGUUGGCGGAACGCCGGAAACGUGUCGACGUGUCGUCGCCAAUAUCCGAAAUGGAUUUUUUACCUUGCGGUAUGUACUCAAUGGCGGAUUCGACGCUCCCAGACUCCGUGGACGGACACGGUUCACUUACGAAAAAAAGCCGCGAAAAAAGUACGGUGACGGGAAUGGCCACCUUGACUAGGGAAGAACGGCGGAGAAGACGGCGGGCCACCCAAAAAUACAGAAUGGCUCAUGCUACACGCGAGCGAGUUAGAGUCGAGGCGUUCAACGUGGCAUUCGGUGAAUUGCGGAAACUUUUGCCCACGAUACCGCCCGACAAGAAAUUGUCGAAAAUCGAAAUAUUGAGGCUCGCCAUAUGUUACAUAAUGUAUUUAAAUCAAUUUUUGGAAACGUAAAUUGUUGAUGAUCGGACGCUCUUUGAUCUAGAAUUAGAUUUACAUUAUAAUCUAUAUUAUAAUAUAGGCACUGUAAAUGGUAUUAGGUAUAAAGUAUAAAUCUCCCAGAAUUGAAUACAAAGUAUCAUAUUAAUAUUAUAAUUUAUACCUAGUUGAUAGAGUGAUUUGAUAUGGUUAUUUAAUUAUCAUCUUCCAACAGUUACAACACGAGUAGGUUCUAUAUUUGUAAUUAUCAAUAAUAUUAAUUAAAUUUAAUACAAUUAAAAAAAUAUAUGAUGUUAUUAUAUUAUGGUGUUUAAUUUUGACAAAAAAAAUAUUCUUUCAAAAUUUUCAUAUUUUACUCAUUUCAUCGAAGAUAUUAUUAUUAUUAUAUUGUAUAAUACAGUAAUACACUAAUAUGAUUGUGCUUAAACUUUAUCGUUGACUUUGGCUCUUUAUUCCACAAUGUCAUCAACACAUUUUUUUGGUGAUAAUAUUAUAUAAUUUGUUCAUUAUAAUUCUUUU